UUCUUAUAAAUACAAGGGCAGAGCUGGGGUCUGGGGGAGUCAGAGAGCAGAGAGCCCAGGAGUUCUCAGGCUGGUACUGGCUGUGCACAGGGAAGAUGAAGACCUCAAUAGCUGCCCUCUCCUGCCUCAUCCUUGCUGCCCAGGCUGCAGUUGAACAUCUGAUGCCGAACCUGAAGGAAGAACACUCAAUAGCUCAAGGAGGCUUUCACCGCCCCACUGACUGCUGCAUAUCUUACACCUCACGAAAUAUCCGAUGUGUAUUCAUGAAAGAUUAUGUAGAAACGACCAGUGCGUGUUCCCGGCCUGCCGUCAUCUUCAUCACCAAGAGGGAGCAGCAUGUCUGUGCUAACCCCAAAGAUGAGCGAGUUCAGAAAUGCAUGUUGGACCUGAAGCUAAGAUCAGCAAUCAAGGACCUGAGAACGCUAUUUCUUGAGAAGGGAUACUUGGAGUCGGCCCCCUCACCUCCAUCUCUCUUUCCCCGACUACCUCCUAGGUGGGCCCUGGCCUGAAUUAUUUUUUAAAAAGCAACAAUUACUGUUCUGUUCUGUUCUGGUUACAAAAGCAGUGCAUUAAUAGAGAGUAUCCAAUUUAACUUUACUCUAACUUUAAGAGGAAAAAGAAUCUGUCGGAAUUGCUGAACUUUGGAUUUGUGUUUUUGUCAAAACAAGACAUCAUAGUAUAAUUUUUUAAAAGCUAAAAACAUGACAUUCAAAUAUAGAUUGAAUGUGUGUCAAAGAUGUAUUUAACCCAUUAAUGAAGGAACAAUUAAACUGAUUCAAAGAUCA